AGUCUCCGCGACGCCACGCGCGGGGGACCAAAAAGCCACAGGAGACAGGGAGGACGCGACUCCACUCCCUAACACCGCCGCCGCCGCCGCCGCCGCUUCCCCUCCGUGGGAGGCGGCGAGGAGGAGCCCUAGCUCGAGGCGCGGAGCCCCGGGCCCCCUCUCCUCCCCGAGCGCUGCUGCUGCUGCCGGCCCCACCCCUCCCCGUGGCCGGUGCUCGAGGCGGCCGCCGCCACCACCACCACCCCCCGGCUCGCCACCCCACCCCCCGCGAUGGAUCUGCAGAGCCUGGCCGUGGUGCUGCGCGCGGCGCUCAGCCACGCCCCCGAGGAGCGCAAGGCCGCCGAGGCCAGCCUGAACCAGUUCCAGUACGCACCACAACAUUUGGUGAGAUUAUUACAGAUUAUUGUGGAUGGAAACUGUGAUAUGGCUGUUAGACAGUUUGCAAGCAUUCAUUUCAAGAAUUUUGUUGCGAAGAAUUGGUCACCUACUGAUCCUGAAGAAAAACAUAUAAUUCCAGAAAGUGACAAGUCCAUGGUGCGUGAGAAUAUACUGGGUUUUAUAACUCAAUUGCCUCCACUGCUAAGAGCACAGCUUGGAGAAAGUAUCAAGACCUUGAUCCUUGCAGAUUAUCCUGAGCAUUGGCCUAGUCUUCUACCGUGGGUAACACAUAACCUAGAAUCUCAGGAUCAAAUAUUCGGGGCACUUUAUGUGCUAAGGAUUCUUGCCCGGAAAUAUGAGUUCAAGUCGGAGGAUGAGAGGAUCCCUUUGUAUCAAAUUGUUGAGGAAUGCUUUCCUCGUUUGUUGAAUAUAUUCAGCAAUCUUGUUCCAAUUACCAAUCCUCCAAUUGAAGUAGCUGACUUGAUCAAGCUGAUAUGCAAGAUUUUCUGGUCAUCAAUUUAUCUAGAAAUUCCAAAGCAACUUUUUGAUCCAAAUGUCUUCAAUGCUUGGAUGAUUUUAUUCUUAAACUUGCUGGAGAGACCAGUUCCAGUGGAAGGACAGCCGUUGGAUCCUGAUGCUAGGAAAUCUUGGGGAUGGUGGAAAGUCAAGAAGUGGAUUAUCCAUAUCUUGAACCGUCUAUACACUCGAUUUGCUGAUAUGAAGCUUCAGAGACCAGAAAGCAAAGCUUUUGCUCAGAUGUUCCAAAAGAAUUAUGCUGGAAAAAUUUUGGGAUGUCAUUUGCAGUUGCUGAAUGCAAUCCGUACUGGUGGCUAUUUGCCUGAUAGGGUUAUCAAUCUUAUUCUUCAAUAUCUUACCAACAGUGUUACAAAGAACAGCAUGUAUCAGCUGAUGCAACCACAAAUCGACAUCAUUCUGUUUGAAAUAAUCUUCCCAUUAAUGUGCUUCAAUGACAAUGAUCAGAUAUUAUGGGAUGAAGAUCCUCAUGAAUAUGUUCGGAAAGGCUAUGAUAUUAUUGAAGAUUUGUAUAGUCCUCGAACAGCUGCUAUGGAUUUUGUGAGUGAACUAGUAAGAAAACGAGGAAAAGGCAAUCUACAAAAGUUUAUCCAUUUUAUUGUGGAAAUAUUUCUGAGUUAUAAUGAGGCACCCAUUGAAAUGAAGCCAUACCGCCAAAAAGAUGGCGCGCUUCUUGCCAUUGGGACAUUGUGUGAUAGGCUGAAACAAACUGAACCAUAUAAGGCUGAGCUGGAGCGAAUGUUGGUUCAACAUGUCUUUCCGGAGUUCAGUAGUCAUGUUGGACACUUACGUGCGAAGGCAGCAUGGGUUGCUGGGCAGUAUGCUCAUAUCAAUUUCUCAGAUCAAAACAACUUCCGCAAAGCUAUGCAUUGUGUAAUGUCUGGUUUGCGCGAUCCAGAACUUCCUGUCCGGGUGGAUUCAGUCUUUGCACUUCGUUCUUUUGUUGAAGCAUGCAAAGAUCUAGAUGAGAUCAGACCAAUUCUUCCUCAACUUCUUGAUGAAUUUUUUAAGCUUAUGAGUGAAGUUGAGAAUGAAGAUCUCGUUUUCACACUUGAGACAAUUGUUGACAAAUUUGGUGAAGAGAUGGCACCAUAUGCACUUGGCUUGUGCCAGAGCUUGGCUGCUGCUUUCUGGAGAUGCAUGGCUAGUUCAGAAGCUGAUGAAGAAGUUGAGGACACUGGUGCUUUGGCUGCUGUUGGUUGCUUACGUGCGAUAAGCACAAUCCUCGAGUCCAUUAGUAGCCUUCCUCAUCUGUUUCCCCAAAUAGAACCAUCUUUGUUGCCUAUUUUACGGAGAAUGUUGACUUCAGAUGGUCAAGAUGUGUAUGAAGAAGUUCUGGAGAUAGUGUCAUAUAUGACCUUUUACUCACCAACAAUUUCACUUGAAAUGUGGAGCUUGUGGCCUUUGAUGAUGGAGGCGCUUAAUGAUUGGGCCAUUGAUUUCUUUGAGAAUAUUCUGGUACCACUAGACAACUACAUUUCCCGUGGUACUAACCAAUUUAUUGCAUGCAAAGAUCCUGAUUAUCAGCAAAGUUUAUGGAGAGCUUUGUCAACUAUUAUGACAGACCAAAACAUGGAAGAUUCUGACAUUAUACCUGCUCCCAAGCUGAUUGAAGUUGUUUUUCAAAAUUGCAAAGGUCAAGUUGAUCAUUGGAUUGAGCCAUAUCUCAGGCUAACAAUUGAUCGACUGCGUCGAGCAGCAAAGCCGUAUCUGAAAUGUUUACUUGUACAAGUGAUAGCUAAUACACUGUACUACAAUCCUUCAUUGACGUUGGGAACAUUACAUAAGCUUGGAGUUGCUACUGAAAUCUUCAACCUUUGGUUUGGAAUGUUACAACAAGUAAAGAAAAGUGGCAUGAGGGCAAACUUUAAGAGAGAGCAUGAUAAGAAGGUUUGUUGCUUGGGAUUAACUUCACUAAUUAGCCUUCCAGCUAAUCACAUUCCACCAGAAGCUCUUGACCGCAUUUUCAAAGCAACACUAGAGCUUCUUGUUUCCUACAAGGAUCAAGUUGCAGAAUCUAAAAGAGAAAAUGAAGCUGCUGCUGAGGAUCUGGAUGGAUUUGAUGGUGAUGAAGAGGAUGAGGAGAUUGAGUCUGAUAAGGAGAUGGGGUUUGAUGAUGAGGAUGGGGAUGAGGUAUCCAGUGUCGAUCUUCAGAGAUUAAGAGAGGCAAGAGGUUUCCAGCCACACUACGAUGAUGAUGACGACGAUUCUGAUGAUGAUUUUAGCGAUGAUGAGGAGUUGCAAUCACCAAUAGAUGAGGUUGAUCCGUUCAUCUUCUUUGUUGACACCAUCCAAGCUAUGCAAGUAUCUGAUCCAGCUAGGUUUCAGAGCCUGAUGCAAACUCUAGAUUUCCGCUACCAAGCACUUGCAAAUGGCUUAGCUCAACAUGCUGAGGAAAGAAAGGUUGAAAUUGAAAAGGAGAAGUUGGAAAAGGCAAAUGUGCAGUGAAGGGUCAUUGCUUGGUUGUAUCGUCAGCUUUGCCGAUAUGUGACACUGGCACUUGUCAGUAUCCUGUGAUUCGGUGAUCACAGGCAAUGAGUUUUGUUUGCAGCUUGGCCUAGAUGAUUUUGGCAGCCAAUUUUGAUGCAGAGUUCUUGGGAGAGAAGCAGACUCGCUCAUUUCUUCACUCAGGUCAUGGUGGGAUCUAUAUUAAUUCUUCUCAAACCUGAGUUCCUUGUUUUGGUUGAUAGAUGUUUGUUGUCAAACCCUGCGGUGGACGAUGCCAAGGGGCGCAUCCCCAAGCUCAAGGUGGCAGUUCUUUUAGGAAGGUCAAAGUGUAGAGUGUAUAUGAUUGGGCAAUUGUUGGUGAAUUAUCAAUACGACGGUUCAGAUAUGUGUUUUUUUUUGGGGUCGAAUUUUGGUCCUCCAUUUGUUAACAUUGCUUAAGCAUGUCUCUGUAUCCUGGGACUGCGGCUGGUGAAAUAAGCCUUGGCAUUCAUACGGUCCAGUGAGCUUGUAUGUUGGAUCUGGUAAACAUCACUAUGCAAUACACAACUUCGUUGCAGUUU